AGGCUCGGGCCCUGGCAGGACCGUGAACAUCUGGCCAGCCUGGUUUGGCCGCCUGGUGAAGACCAGGUGCUGAGAAGCAAUGGUGAUGAGGGCCUUUGUCCUGUUGGCUGUCUUUGUGGAAGCUUCUGCGAAAUCAUGCACUCCGAACAAAGCAGAUGUCAUUCUUGUGUUUUGUUAUCCCAAAACCAUCAUCACCAAAAUCCCUGAGUGUCCCUAUGGAUGGGAAGUCCACCAGCUGGCACUUGGGGGGCUGUGUUACAAUGGGGUCCACGAAGGAGGUUACUACCAAUUUGUAAUCCCAGAUCUGUCACCUAAAAACAAGUCCUACUGUGGAACCCAGUCCGAGUACAAGCCCCCCAUCUACCACUUCUACAGCCACAUUGUUUCCAAUGACAGCACAGUGAUCGUGAAGAACCAGCCCGUGAACUACUCCUUCUCCUGCACCUACCACUCCACCUACUUGGUGAACCAGGCUGCCUUCGACCAGAGAGUGGCCACUGUUCACGUGAAGAAUGGGAGCAUGGGCACAUUUGAAAGCCAGUUGUCUCUCAACUUCUACACUAAUGCCAAGUUCUCCAUUAAGAAAGAAGCCCCCUUUGUCCUGGAGACAUCCGAAAUUGGUUCAGAUCUGUUUGCAGGAGUGGAAGCCAAAGGGUUAAGCGUCAGGUUCAAAGUGGUUUUGAACAGCUGCUGGGCCACACCCUCUGCUGAUUUCAUGUACCCCUUGCAGUGGCAGCUGAUUAACAAGGGCUGCCCCACGGAUGAAACCAUCCUCGUGCAUGAGAACGGGAAAGACCACAGAGCGACCUUCCAGUUCAAUGCCUUCCGGUUCCAGAACAUCCCCAAACUCUCCAAGGUUUGGUUGCACUGCGAGACGUUCAUCUGUGACAGCGAGAAGCUCUCCUGCCCCGUGACCUGCGACAGACGGAAGCGCCUCCUCCGAGAGCAGACAGGGGGCGUCCUGGUGGUGGAGCUCUCCCUGCGCAGCAUGGGAUUCUCGAGUCUCUAUCGCUUCCCAGAUGUUCUCUACCACCUCAUCGUGAUGCUGGGCAUCUGUGCCGUGUUAUAGGAGCCAGCCAGCCAGGUAGAUGCGCUCCUCCCCC